UUCACAAGAAAUACAGGUCAAGGCGGCUGAUGAAGGAGGCAUCAAAACUCAGAAAAUAGCAGAAAGCUCCUGAAGCGUGUACAUCAGAGCACAGCAAGACUGAAAGGAGAUGAUACCUGGAAUGGGAGAAGAGAGAGAAGGAGCAUUUAGCCAAAGGGACCAGCAAGAAGCUAGAGACUGAAUAAGGGAGACCCUCCACUGAUCCAUAUAGUUUUCAUACUGAGCCUCUGCUUUGGAAGUGGUGAAGGAGUUAAUUAUAACAUUGAAUGAGAUGCUCUGCUCAGCAAAGCUCCAGGAGCACCAGCUAAGGACCUGGUUUAUGGUGAACUUCCCUGAUUGUAAAAAUCAUCAGACACAUAGAACACUUUUGCAGACAAAUGAAGUGGAGAAGCAAACUCUGAGGUCUUCUCAGUCCAGGCACCUUGGAGGAGGAAUAUCUGGCACCAAAUUCCGAUAGAUCAGAGGGUGUUUACUGGGACUGGACUGUUUUGCAGAAGACGGGAUUUGUUGCAAUAUUUAGUGAUUCUAAGGACAGAAGGAACUUGAAAGGUGAGAUCAGAGGACAUAGUGAGUUAAACUACAGUCAUUAGUAUUUCACCUAUCCUAUGCUGUUCUUCUUCCAGUAACCCUAAACGUAGACUGCCUACUCAUCAUGUCUUCCAUUCUUGGGAAGAUGAAGAAAUUUGGCAGUUCUGACAUAGAGGAAUCUGAAGUGACAGAUGAACACACGGAUGGGGAGGACUCCGUGCUGGGAACGCCUGACAGCCUCCAGGGUACACUCAGCACCAAGGUGCAGCCACCCAAAAGCAACAUCUUUGCAAGACGUGGGCGGUUUGUGAUGGGGGAUAGUGACAAGGACAUGGCUCCCAUGGACUCCUUUUACCAGUUGGAUCACCUGAUGGCACCUUCUGUCAUCAAAUUUCAUGCCAAUUUGGAGAGGGGGAAGCUUCAUAAGCUCCUAUCUAUAGAUUCCAUCACAGGCUGCUCAGAAAAAGCUUUCAAAUUUUAUGACCGCAGAAGGAUCUUUGAUGCUGUAGCCCAAGGCAACACAAAGGACCUGGAUGAUCUGCUACUCUAUCUUAAUAGAACCUUGAAGCAUCUCACAGAUGAUGAGUUCAAAGAGCCAGAAACUGGGAAAACCUGCUUACUGAAAGCCAUGCUGAAUCUACAUGACGGGAAAAAUGAUACCAUUCCCUUGCUGCUGGAUAUUGCAAGGAAAACUGGAACUCUGAAAGAGUUUGUUAAUGCAGAGUAUACUGACAAUUACUACAAGGGCCAGACUGCACUUCACAUCGCCAUUGAGAGAAGGAACAUGUACCUGGUGAAGCUUUUGGUCCAGAAUGGAGCAGAUGUUCAUGCAAGAGCCUGUGGGGAGUUCUUCAGGAAAAUCAAAGGGAAACCUGGCUUUUAUUUUGGGGAGCUGCCUUUGUCCCUGGCUGCCUGCACCAACCAGCUCUGCAUUGUGAAAUUCCUCCUUGAGAACCCCUACCAGGCAGCUGACAUUGCCGCUGAGGACUCCAUGGGCAAUACGGUCCUGCACACACUGGUGGAAAUUGCAGAUAAUACUAAGGAUAAUACCAAGUUUGUUACCAAGAUGUACAAUAGCAUAUUGAUCCUUGGUGCCAAAACUAAUCCAAUCCUGAAGCUAGAAGAACUCACCAACAAGAAAGGGCUGACUCCAUUAACUCUGGCAGCCAAAACAGGGAAGAUAGGGAUUUUCGCUUACAUCCUCAGACGAGAGAUCAAAGAUCCUGAGUGCAGACACUUGUCUAGGAAGUUCACUGAAUGGGCUUAUGGACCUGUCCACUCAUCUCUUUAUGACCUGUCCUGUAUAGACACAUGCGAGAAAAAUUCAGUGCUUGAGAUUAUUGCCUACAGUAGUGAAACGCCAAACCGUCAUGAGAUGCUGCUGGUGGAACCCCUUAACAGGCUGCUGCAAGACAAGUGGGACCGGUUUGUCAAACACUUAUUUUACUUCAACUUCUUUGUCUAUACCAUGCAUAUUGUCAUCCUCACUGCAGCUGCUUACUAUAGACCUGUACAGAAUGAAAAGCCUCCAUUCACAUUUCAUCACAGCACUGGGGAAUAUUUUCGAGUGACUGGAGAGAUCCUGAGUGUACUGGGAGGUCUCUAUUUUUUUUUCAGAGGGAUACAGUAUUUUGUGCAGAGGCGCCCAUCAUUCAAGACGCUGAUAGUUGACAGCUACAGCGAGGUUCUUUUCUUUGUUCACUCCUUGCUCCUCCUGAGCUCUGUGGUGCUGUACUUCUGUGGCCAGGAACUGUACGUGGCUUCCAUGGUCUUCUCCUUGGCGCUGGGCUGGGCUAACAUGCUGUACUACACCCGUGGCUUCCAGCAGAUGGGCAUUUACUCUGUCAUGAUUGCCAAGAUGAUCCUUAGAGAUUUAUGUCGCUUCAUGUUUGUCUACCUAGUAUUCCUCUUGGGAUUUUCUACAGCUGUGGUGACUUUAAUUGAAGAUGACAAUGAGGGGCAAGACAUAAAUAGCUCUGAAUAUGCCAGAUGCUGCCAAAUGAGACGAGGCCGCACAUCCUACAAUAGUCUGUAUUAUACCUGCUUGGAGCUUUUCAAGUUCACUAUUGGGAUGGGGGACCUGGAGUUCACAGAGAACUACAGGUUCAAGUCUGUGUUUGUCAUCCUUUUGGCACUGAUGGGGGAAACUGUGAGCAAAAUUGCACAGGAGAGCAAGAGCAUCUGGAAACUUCAGAGAGCCAUCACAACCUUGGAUAUUGAAAACAGCUACUUGAACUGUGUGAGGCGCUCGUUCCGGUCUGGGAAGCAAGUCUUGGUGGGGGUCACACCUGACGGCCAAGAUGAUUACAGAUGGUGCUUUAGGGUUGAUGAAGUGAACUGGUCCACGUGGAAUACUAAUCUGGGCAUAAUCAAUGAAGACCCUGGGUACUCUGGGGACCUCAGACAAAAUCCCAGUUACUCUAUUAAGCCUGGCAGAGUUUCAGGGAAAAACUGGAAAACGUUGGUUCCACUUUUAAGAGAUGGAAGCAGGAGAGAAGAGACUCAGAAACUACCAGAAGAAGUCAAAUUAAAACCUGGUAUGGAACCUUAUUAUGAGCUAGAAGAUUCUGAGACGUUGAAGGAGGCACUUCCAAAGUCAGUCUAAUCUUAUUUUAUUUUUAAGAAGAUGAUUAAUUCCAGUUGCCUAUGUUGGUCCUCACAAGCAGGGCAAAUAGAGCACUUCAUUCAUAAAAACAGGGAUUUAUGGAAAAAGGUCAGCGGACUUAGAAAAUUACUGUG